AUGUGGACCUUCACGAAGUCAUCGCCAGUGGACGCGAUCAGAGCGCCUCCUUUCUGUACGGCGGCUUCGACGGACGCGUCAGUGCGAAGAACAUUGCCACUGAAACGUGGCGUGGGGUUCCUUCUUGUGGUGGUCACCACGCGCAGCUACUACUUGGGCCCCGUGCUUGUGUACCAAGGCGUUUCGAUCGCGGCGGGUAUUGUUGUGCUGCUGCUGGUGGCGGUGGCCUGCGUUGCGUUUGUGGAGUGCUGCCUGCUGCGCCCGCUCCGCGCCACGCAGGCGGAACUGAAGCUUGCGCUGAGUGGUGCGCCGGUGGGUGUUAGGAGUCGCCGCCGCGUCGUGCUCAGCGAGGUGCAGGAGCUGGAGGGCGUGUGUAACACGCUGCGUUGCCGCCUCGACGAGAUCCGGUCUUACAUGCCGGACCGUUUCAAUGCGAAGUUCGCAGCUGCUGGCCGCCGCGCCGCACUGCGAAGCGAGUCCGAAUUUGGUGGCGGCAUCCUGGGUGAGUCGGCAGGUGACGAAAUGAGGCACGUGGCGUGCAGCGUCGCCUACGUGUACUACACGCCCCGCACAGUCCGCAACCCCACGAACGCCGUUGUGGAGCUGAUGAUGCAGGCGGUUGUGGGGGAUCGACCACGGACUGUGGCGGGUGCUUCGAAGUGCAGCGCCCCGACUUCUGCGUGA